GUUUCAUAGCCAAAACCGCAACACUGCCGAUCAUUGACUGGUCCAAUGUAAAGUGAAAAACAGAUCUGAAGGGAAAUCAUUUUCAAAAGCCGUGAAUCCGUGGCGCCCAUUUCGACCCGUUGUGCCAACAGCCGUAUUGAGUGCGGCUUAGCCGUGAUGCCGCGAUCGCAAGCCGCAUCCACCUCGACGAACGGCCGCAGUGCCAUUAAAACGCACCGGUCGGGAGUUAUGGGCCCGCCUCGCGGGGUGCCGCCCCCCACCAGCGGGGCCGGAGCCACGGCUACGCCCAGUCGGGUCAAAGCCCGUAGUGGGCGGCGCCGUUCGUUCACCGUGACGCCGCGCACCCGCAUGUUUCCCACCAAAAGCUCGCCCGGGCGCGUCAAGAAACGCCUCUCGCCCUUGAAAAACGCCCCACGGGCCCGUCUACUCAAAUCAGCGGUCUUAGCCUCAACCUUGAAGGCCGAGAGCCAGGCUGAGGCCAGCGGCGGGGCCGGGGCCAGCGGGGGAAGCGGGAGCGGCUCGACGGCGGGGGCCGGGGCUCCGCCCGUGGCCGCCAACAUUCGGGUGGCCGUGCGGGUGCGGCCCGAAAAUGAACGCGAAAUGGAUGGCAAUCAUAGGAAUGUCAUCCAUGUGGUGGAUAAUCGCAUGUUGGUCUUUGACCCCAAGGAGACUUCCGACGGGUUCUUCUUCCACGGCAAAAAGAUGGCUCGCCGAGACGUGAAUCGCCGACCCAAUCGGGACCACAAAUUCGCGUUUGACAUGGUUUUUGGGCCCGAGUCCAACAACCAAGAAGUCUUCACGCAAACCACGCAAGAUCUCAUCGAUGUGCUAUUUAGUGGCUACAACUGCUCAGUGUUCGUGUACGGAGCCACAGGGGCGGGCAAGACCCACACGAUGUUGGGUUCGUUGGAAAACCCAGGCCUGACUUACAGGACCGUGUUGGAACUCUACCAACGUUUGGAGAGCAAAAAGGAGGAAGUGGAUUGCGAAGUUGCCGUCUCCUACCUCGAAAUUUACAACGAAAUGGUGGUCGACCUGAUGAAUCCAGGGCAGCAAUUGAACAUCCGGGAAGAUGGAAACAACGGUGUCAACAUCCCUGGAUUGUCCAUUCACAAACCCGAUGGACCCGAGCAUCUCUUGAAAUUCCUUCAGUUCGGCAAUGCCAAUCGCACCCAACAUCCCACGGAUGCCAAUGCAGAAUCCUCUCGAUCUCACGCAGUCUUCCAAGUGUAUCUCAAACAAAAAGACCGGAACGCGGGUCUUUCCACCGACGUGAAAGUCGGUAAAUUGUCAAUGAUCGAUUUGGCCGGAUCUGAACGAGGCAGUGUGACCCAUUCCCGUGGAGGAGACCGACUCAGAGAAGGUGCCAACAUCAACAAGUCUCUGUUAGCCUUAGGAAAUUGCAUCAACGCCCUAGCCGAGAGUUCCAAAUACAUUCCCUACCGCAACUCGAAACUGACCCGUUUGCUGAAGGACUCGAUUGGCGGGAAUUGUCGGACCGUGAUGAUAUCGAACAUCUCGCCUUCCUCUAUGACCUUUGAGGAUACCUAUAACACGCUAAAAUACGCGGAUCGAGCCAAACGAAUCAAGGUGAAGCUCUCAAAGAAUGUCCGGAGUGUCGAUUUCCACGUGGCCCAAUACGCGAAGAUCGUGGACAGUCUGAAGGCCAAGAUUGUGGAACUAGAGGCCGAAAACGAGUCCUUGAAGGCCAGGCCAGUCAGUCGUGAAGUGGUGGAGCAGGCCAAUAGUGACAACGAACUGCAAUUGAGUGCACUCCAAGCCGAAAACGCGGAAUUGAAGCGACAGUUGGUUGAAGCGACCCAGAAAGAACCGCCAGUGUCGAAAGACACCAAGGAUGGACAAAGCCAAUGUGACCAUUCUGAACAGGAUCAGAAAAUCGAGGAGUUCCUCGCCCAACAUGUCGAUUUAGUCAAAAAGGCCGUGGAUGUGUCCUCGGCCACGAGAAGAUGCUUCAUGAAACGCGAAUUCGCAAGCAAUAUCCUGGCCCGAAGUGCCUUGAUCUCGUUAAACCCGGACGAGUCCAACGAGAAGAUCGAGAAGUUCGUCAAAUUACUGGCCAAGCGAUACGAGAAAUCCACGAAGCGGGAAAAGAAGUACGCGGAAGUCUUGACCCAAAGCCGACAAGAGCUGGAUUCCUUCCUGAAGAGAACAGGCCAAAACGAAUGGCAAUCCCGGUGUAUGAAGGCCGAAACGGAGCUGGCCGAGAAAAAAGCCAUCGUCCAUCAGUUCCUCGAUCUGUUCUGUUUGGCUUGGGACGAACAGAACAAGCUCGAAGACAUCCUCAAGGAGUGCUUGCCCCAACUGAAGAACAAGCAUCUCUUACUCUCCAGUCAUGCUAAUUACGAGAGAGAAAACCAGAAUUUCAAGGAUUUGGUGUCCAAGAUCCAAUGCACACGCGUUCAGUUCAACCCUUCCAGGUUAGAAGAGGCCUCGGAUGACUCCACUUCUCAACGUUUGGGACCGAUCCUCAGUGUGGCCACAGAUUUCUCCAAGCCUCUAUAUAGUCAAGAUGAUAUUGACCAAGACAUCGGAGCAGACGAGUUGGCGUCCGAGGCGGAAGACGAGGAAGUGUUUGAGGAAGCGGAAUCUCCGGAGGAGACCCCUUCCCUACUCGAAAACAACGACCCGGUCAAUUCCACUUUCUCCAUGGAAGUGGACGAGUGUAAUUCCACCUUUGUUCUAGACGACUCCGUGGCACCGCCUCAAAUCGAGGCCCGACCCCCAACCCCGCCCAAGAAACCGAUUCUUACCUCUUUGCCCAAAGAGAAAGAGAACAAUGUUGUGAUCCGAAAAAACUCCACAUCUCCAUUCAAGCGCGCUCUUAAGGAUAGUAACACCCUCCCUGCCAUAUAACACCAAUAUUAACCACAACUCCUCUGUGCGCUCUUUCUAAGUUUAUAUUUUUUUUUCACCCUUCAUAUGCUUUUUUCCCCCCUCAAAAAAAGAUGAUAAUAAUAUACCCAAUUUAGACGUCA